AAAGGUCGUAGUCUGCGUCGCCAGUCAAUUCUAUUCGACCCAAUGGCACUCCUGCGAGGUGUAUUCGUUGUUGCAGCUAAACGCACUCCAUUUGGUACCUAUGGCGGUGUACUGAAGGACCACAGUGCAACAGACUUGGCUGAACAUGCUGCCAGAGCUGCCCUGGCUGCUGGAGGCAUUGCACCAGAGCUAGUUAACAGUGUCAUCUUUGGAAAUGUCAUGCAGAGUUCGGCUGACGCGCCUUACAUCGCACGCCAUGUCGGACUCAGGUGUGGCGUUCCCGUCCCAGUGCCUGCUCUCACUGUCAACAGACUAUGUGGUUCUGGUUUCCAGUCCAUCAUCAGUGGUGCUCAAGAGAUUUGUUUGAAAGAGUCAGAGGUUGUUUUGUGUGGCGGCUCAGAGAGCAUGAGUCAGGCACCCUAUGCCGUCCGCAACAUUCGGUUUGGUACCAAGUUUGGAUUCGACCUCAAGCUUGAGGACACUCUGUGGGCUGGGCUGACUGACCUCCAUGUUAAAAUCCCCAUGGGCAUCACGGCAGAGAACCUGGCAGAGAAAUACCAGAUAACACGAGAGGACUGUGACUCCUACGCGCACCAGACACAGCAGAGGUGGAAGGCAGCCCACGAGGCCGGUCACUUCACCGCAGAAAUCGCUCCUAUUGAUGUGAAGGCUAAGAAGGGGAAAGUGUCCAUGGCUCAGGAUGAACACCCGCGUCCUCAGACCACGAUGGAGCAGAUGGCCAAGCUCCCUCCAGUGUUCAAGAAAGGAGGAACAGUCACCGCUGCUAAUGCUUCCGGGGUGUCUGAUGGUGCUGCUGCUGUGGUGAUAGCCAGUGAGGAAGCUGUCAGUCAACACAAACUCACUCCUUUGGCUCGGAUUGUGGCCUAUCACGUCUCAGGCUGUGACCCGAGCAUCAUGGGAAUUGGUCCGGUGCCAGCGGUCACUGAGGCACUUAAGAAAGCUGGUCUGACACUUGCUGACAUGGAUCUGGUGGAGGUGAAUGAGGCUUUUGCUCCUCAGUACCUGGCUGUUGCCAAGGCCUUGGGACUCGAUCCAGAGAAAAGUAACGUCAAUGGUGGCGCCAUCGCCCUUGGUCAUCCUCUUGGUGCCUCUGGAGCUCGUAUCACAGCUCACCUGGCUCAUGAGCUCAGGCGACGAGGUGGAAAAUAUGCUGUUGGCUCUGCUUGCAUCGGCGGUGGUCAGGGAAUUGCCAUCGUCUUGGAGAGGUGUUGAGUGAAGAAGAGUGAGAUGCACUGGUGGAAGGAAGUAGACUAUAGUCACAUCAGCCUAUAUAACUAAGUGGGAAUAUGUUGUUGUCUCUAGAUAAAGGAGAAACGAUUACUGUUACUGCCAUAACUCUGAUUUGGUGGGCCUCAUUACAUUGGACAGAGACUUGUGUUGGAAACCUCAGUUGAAUGCUCACACUGGUGUACUGCCGGACUCCUGUCCAUCACACAGGCACCGACUAAGAUGUGGUAUGUGUUGAGCACGGGGUGCGACAAAAGGGGACUUAUUUGCCUUAUUAAUGUGUUGAAAUCACUCCACUAUCAGCCCUCUGAGUCGCUCCUGUAAUAAUAUAUUUCAAUG